AUGUGGCGCCGGAGCUUCAGCAGCACCACGACGACUCUGAAUCAGCUGACUAAUAAGAAAUGGGACGCGUUAGUGAUCGGCGGAGGCCACAACGGUCUAGUAGCCGCAGCUUACCUAGCACGCGGCGGUCUCUCAGUCGCUGUCCUCGAGCGACGCCACGUCAUCGGCGGGGCGGCAGUGACGGAGGAGAUCGUUCCGGGAUUCAAAUUCUCGCGUUGCAGUUACGUGCAGGGGCUAAUUCGUCCAUGCAUCAUUAGAGAUUUGGAGUUGGGGAAACAUGGACUUAAGCUUUUGAAGAGGAGUCCUGCGUCGUUUACGCCUUGUUUGGAUGGGCGUUAUCUUCUUCUUGGGCCAGAUCAAGGGCUUACUCACUCUGAGAUCUCUAAGUUCUCGAGGAAUGAUGCUGAAGCUUACCCAAGAUACGAGAAGCAGCUAGAGAGGUUUGGUAGGUUUAUGGAUACUCUUUUGGAUGCAGCUCCGCCAGAGUCUCUGCAAGGGGACGCUUCUUUUAAUGAUAAGCUGAGUAAUAAGGUGCACAAGUCUGCUUUCUGGGCUCGGUGUCUUCGGCAAGCAGCUUCUUUGGGGCAAAAGGAUAUGGUGGACUUCAUGGAUCUUCUAUUGGCCCCAGCUUCAAAAGUUUUGAACAACUGGUUUGAGUCUGAUGUCCUGAAGGCGACUCUUGCAACAGAUGCUGUGAUUGGAUCUACGGCCAGUGUCCAUACUCCUGGAAGUGGAUAUGUUUUGCUACAUCAUGUGAUGGGAGAAACAGAUGGAGAGCAUGGCAUUUGGUCUUACGUAGAAGGUGGGAUGGGCUCUGUCUCAAUGUCUAUAGCCAAUGCUGCAAAGGAAGCUGGUGCUCAGAUUUUCACGAACGCAGAGGUUUCUGAAGUAUUGACUGAGGAUUCUAGCAGCGUGAAAGGGGUUUUGCUUGCUGAUGGAACACGGGUGGAGUCAUCGGUUAUAUUGUCCAAUGCAACCCCUUACAGAACUUAUGUGGAGCUGGUUCCGUCCAAUGUUCUUCCUGAGAAGUUCGUCAGUGCUAUAAAGAACUCAGAUUACAGCUCUGCAACUACCAAAAUAAACAUGGCUGUUGACAAGUUACCGCAGUUCCAAUGCUGUAACACUAAUCAUGCGGAACCAGGGCCAGAGCAUUUCGGCACUAUACACAUUGGUGCAGAGACCAUGGAUGAGGUUCACUCAGCAUGUCAUGAUGCUGAAAACGGCUUACCAUCAAGAAGACCAGUGAUCGAAAUGACUAUUCCAUCAGCACUAGACAAUACCAUAUCUCCUCCAGGGAAACAUGUAAUCAACUUGUUCAUCCAGUACACUCCUUACAAGCCAUCAGAUGGAAGCUGGGAAGAUCCUGCGUAUCGAGAGGCAUUUGCACAAAGAUGUUUCAAAUUGAUUGAUGAAUAUGCACCUGGGUUUAGCUCAUCCGUCAUUAGCUACGAUAUGCUCACUCCUCCCGACCUAGAGCGGGAAAUUGGCCUAACAGGUGGAAACAUCUUUCACGGUGCCAUGGGACUAGACUCUCUCUUCUUGAUGCGACCAGUGAAAGGAUGGUCGAACUAUAAAAGUCCUUUGAAAGGACUCUACUUGUGCGGAAGUGGAGCUCACCCUGGAGGUGGAGUUAUGGGCGCACCGGGAAGAAACGCAGCUCUUGUUGUUCUUCAAGACUUGAAAUCUUGA